AUGGUCAACAAUAACGGAACCGAUGAAUUGACAUCGGCUAUAACUGGCGCUAUUGGGGGUGCUUUAUCGCUAUCGAUUACUUAUCCAUUGCAGACAAUAACUACCAGAUUGCAGACAGUGAAAAAAACCGAGAAAGAUAAAGAGAACAAGGAGCAGGACAUAGUCAAUGUACAAUUGCCAGGGAAGCAGGCAGAUUUGUUGGAAAAAGUAAAGAAUUUGAAUGUUUCAAAGAUUAUUAAAAGUAUUGUUGAGAAAGACGGGGUGCCAGGUCUUUAUGCGGGUCUUGAGAGCGCUAUGAUUGGGAUGGUAUUCACGAAUUUCAUAUACUACUAUUUUUUCGAGAAAACAAGUAAUGUGUUUAAAACAUUGAGUCAAAGAGAAAAACAUAUGUUAACGGCAAAGGAGUCGAUUGUGGCAAGUUCCAUCGCCGGACUAAUUACAGCUACUGUGACGAACCCAAUUUGGGUAGCAAACACAAGAUCGACAGUGCAAAAAAAUGACAAGAAUACAUUUGCCGCCAUAAAGGAGUUGUACGAUGAAGAUGGUGUGAAAGCAUUGUUCAAAGGUUUGAAAUAUGCAUUGAUCUUAGUGGUUAAUCCUGUUAUUCAGUAUACGGCAUUUGAACAAAUGAAAAACGUCGUAGUAUCUGUCAAAAACCGUGACCACAAGAAAAAUAAUGAAAGCUUAUCCUUUUUCUUAUCACCAAAUUGGGCAUUUGUCCUCGGAUUCGUAAGUAAACUAAUUGCUACCAGUAUAACGUAUCCGUAUUUGACCAUUAAAGCAAGAGCACAUAUAGAGUCCACCGCAAGUAAGAAUGCAAGCACAGAGAAGGAUGUUGAUUUCUUAACCAAACUAACAAACAUACAGAUAGUAAAAGUCAUCAAAAAAGAAGGGCUCAAAGGUCUAUAUAAUGGGUUUUUCUACAAAGUGUCGCAAAGUGUAUUGACCGUUGCACUACUAUUCUACUUCAAAGAAGGACUCUCUUUGAAUGCUCAAAGAAUUAUGAAGAUAAUCAGAGUACUCAAGGCCAAACAACGUAAAGUAAAUUAG